UCUCGUGCUUUUUGGGGUUAUCUCUCGAUGAUGAAAAAUAAUCUCUGGCAGUGAUACGUGCACGAGUACUGCGAGUCAGUAUCCCAGACUCUUCACUGGGGAAAGAAACAACUUUGCAUUUGCAUAUACAGCUGCUCGGGGGGGAAACGAACAUUUUUUAAAGUUAUUCUUCCCAGUAGAAUCACGAGAGUUCGUUGUAAGCCCGAUUACUCAAAUCACUCCAAAUCCAUAGCAUCUCCAUGCUCAUGAAACCCCCCGAAAGUGGUUUAUCUGUGCUCUUGCGGGUGUAACAAGUCCCUCGUCGUCACCUGCCGUGUCUUUUUUUGUUGAAAAAAUUGCACUCGUACCACCCCACCCCCCCUCUCGCCGCCGUCGAUGUGACACCUUGAACCUCGGGGUAUUCUCUCCAAGCAACCAAGGAACCAACAGGCAAUUUUUAGUUCAACUCUCCCCCUCUCGUUGUAAAUUUCUCUCGUCAUCCAUGAUAUGGAGAUUUGAUAGUUGCUUUAUUCGCGAUAUCAUCGACGGUGGAUUCCAGUUUUGGGGAUUGAAUAAAGAAGAGUGUCUCGAGGACGGCAGGUCUUUCACUCAGACCAAGAGACCAAAAGGUCUCGCUUUGAUCAGGAAUGUCCCUGCCCUCCUCCUCCACCUCGACAUCAUUCUCAACGUCCUCAUCAACCUCGUCUCUAGCAUCAGCCAAAGGCAUAGAAGCUGAUAAACCAGCUGGUGGGAGUCCAAGUCCAGUUGAAAGGCUCGACGAUGGCCCAGGACCGAGUAAUGCCGACGAGGAGUCAGUUAAAACCGACAACAACGAGUUUGAGGAAUUCUCCAAUGAGCCUUACGAGGGCGAGGACGAAACGAGUGAGGAAGAGAGCGAGGUGAGUGACAAUGGGCUGCAGUGCGAUGUCGAGUGUGAAGAUGGAAUCAUCGACGACUCGUCAUCCAACUCGGACGUACAGAGGCCAGUGCUGCAGACCUGUGUGCCCCUGAAUGUCGUUCAGCCACUCAGGAAGAGAAAGAGUGAAACUGAAUUCGUUAGUUCACCAUGCAAAAAACUCAAUCCCGAAGAGAAGGUGACUUGUCCUUUAUUGGGGAAGAAACUCGAUGAUAAGGGGAAACAUGUGAGAUUCGUUAUUCCCACCAGGGAUAAUCCACCACCUGAAAUGAGUGAUUGGCUUCUUCAAUUCCAGAGAUGGUCAAAUGCUGAGAGAAUGCUAGCAAUAGACGAAUUAAUCGAGAGAUGUGAGCCAACGCAAGUUCGACACAUGAUGCAAGUGAUAGAGCCACAAUUCCAGCGUGACUUCAUAUCCCUCCUACCGAAAGAGCUAGCUCUCUCAGUUCUGGCAUUCCUUGAGCCCCGUGAUCUCCUUCGAGCAGCUCAGACCUGCAGAAACUGGCGAUUCCUCGCUGAUGACAAUCUCCUGUGGAAAGAAAAAUGCAGGUCCGCUGGAAUUGAUGAUCUCAGAGAUUUGCCACCCAUGAAACGUAAGGCAUGUCGUACUACUGGCAAUUGUGGUUCACCCUGGAAGCAGGCGUACAUGAGACAGCAUAAUAUCAAAAUGAACUGGAGGACUAUGCCAAUAAGACCGCCCAAAGUUCUCAAGGGACACGAUGAUCAUGUCAUCACUUGUUUACAGUUCUCGGGGAAUAGAAUAGUUAGUGGAUCUGAUGAUAAUACUCUUAAAGUCUGGUCAGCUGUUACUGGAAAGUGCCUGAGAACCUUAGUGGGUCACACAGGCGGUGUCUGGUCCUCGCAGAUGGCUGGCACAACAGUGAUAAGUGGCAGUACAGAUAGAACGUUAAAAGUAUGGAAUGCUGACACUGGUCAGUGUAUGCAUACCCUCUAUGGACACACCUCGACAGUACGCUGUAUGCAUCUCCAUGGGAAUAAAGUUGUCAGUGGCAGCAGGGAUGCAACACUUAGGGUGUGGCAAGUUGAUACGGGCGAGUGUCUUCACGUACUCGUUGGACAUUUGGCAGCAGUAAGAUGUGUGCAAUAUGAUGGUAAAUUGGUUGUCAGUGGUGCCUAUGAUUACAUGGUUAAAGUUUGGAAUCCAGAGCGUGAGGAGUGCCUACACACACUUCAGGGUCACACCAAUAGGGUUUAUUCACUUCAGUUUGAUGGUGUUCACGUGGUGUCUGGCUCCCUCGACACUAGCAUAAGGGUCUGGGAAGUCGAGACUGGUGCCCUCAGGCACACUCUCAUGGGCCACCAGUCUCUCACCUCGGGCAUGGAACUUCGUAACAACAUUCUAGUGUCUGGUAAUGCCGACUCCACUGUCAAAGUUUGGGACAUUGUCAGUGGACACUGCCUUCAGACACUGUCUGGUGCACACAAGCAUCAAUCUGCCGUUACUUGCCUACAGUUUAACAGCCACUUUGUUAUUACCUCGUCUGAUGAUGGCACUGUCAAGUUGUGGGAUGUUAAAACUGGUGAAUUUAUAAGGAAUCUCGUAGCUCUAGAAAGUGGAGGUAGCGGUGGUGUGGUCUGGAGAAUUCGUGCCAGUGACACUAAACUCGUAUGUGCAGUUGGUAGUCGCAAUGGCACUGAAGAAACAAAACUACUGGUCCUUGAUUUCGACGUCGAGGUGAAAUUUUGAAACAUGGAAGCAUUUAAGAAUAACAAAAACCCUAAGCAAAUGAAUAAUGGUUCAACGCCACGUCGUGCCUCGGUACGCAGUCACGGUAUUUCAAUUUUUGUAAAUAACAACUUAGGUAGGUGCAUUAAGGAAGAAAAAAGAACAAUCUACUUGUACAAUGUUUCAUGUAUUAUUAUUAUGGUCUGAUUUGUGAUAAGACUGCACACGAGAGAUUCCUUUUUUAAAAUGUGAAAAGGUAAUGGAGGAGUGAGAGAGAUGGAACAUGUUUCUUAGGUACAUUGGGACAAAGUUGUGAUUUAUUUCGUCCACUUAAAGCCCCCCGAGAAUGACGUAUGAAUUGAUAAAGACUCUUAGAAAAUUUAAUUAAUGAAAUCAAAGUGAAGCAGCUUAUCUAUUCAUUUAUCCAUUAAUCAAAUCAAUUGAAAUUAGAGAAAAUCCUUCAACUAAAUUUAUUUACGUCUUUUAAAAAUAUUUUUUACUAUCGUAAUAGCAGAUUUAUUCAUGCCAAACAGAAAAUUAAUUUCAAAAUCAUUAAAGAAGGUCUAAUUAAAUAAUUAACUCCUGCCUGGUGGUUCUCUUUCCAAAUAAAUUCAGAAUCACAAUCAUUAAAAUUGAGAAAAAAAUACAAGAAUCUUCUCACGUGGGAAGUAAUAAAACUACUUCAGUCGUUCUACGACAAAUUAGGCACAUGCAUACGUAAUUAUGGUAUUUUUAUAUACAAUUUGCCCCCUCCCCCCCGUGUGCGUGACAGUCGCAAUAAUUAUAAUCCUAAAGAUUCUAAUGAUUAAUGAAAAGGAAGAAAACAAAUGUAAUUUGUAAUAAUAAUUAAUCAGCGAGCUUCUUUUACAAGAGUAGGGGAAAUAAAUUGCGACACGCGUUUAUUGUUGGUGGGUCAGUGGACUGAAUUGUGCGUCGAAUGAAAUGUCAUUGUAUAUAAUGCAAAAAAAGGAGAAACUGAACGAUGAUGAAGUGUGUGAAAAUUAGUGACGAAUAUUCUGAUAGAGAGAAGUAAUUAAGAGUAAUUUUCACACUGUAAAUGGCCAAGCUGAAUCAGCAAUCUCUUAAUCGAUGUUCAAUGAUCGAUUACCUCGUGUUCAUUCAGACAAACAAUAUGAAAUUUAAAAUAAUGAUUUUUUGAACAGAAAAUAACAGUACAGAACAGAAGCGAAAUUAUCAUAAUUAAAUGGAGAAAAAGUAAAACUGAACAUCUCAGUAAUUCCACGUGCCAAUAAUUCAAGAUUCAACUGUCCAUUUUAAUAAAUUUAAUGUGCAAUACACUCACACAUACACACCAUAAGUUUUUUUUAGACACUUUUGUUUGUGAAAUCGACUGAUAGAAGAAUUAUGAUUUACUUCUUUUAUAAUUUAAUUAUUUUGUGCAUGUGUUGGAGGAUGUGGAGAAUGGAUAACAUCUUUUCGAUUAGAUGAUUUAUUGGCACGUGGUUGUACCAAUGAUCGCGUUUUAUUUGUAUAUUGCUCAAUAGUUUAUAUUACUAUAAUGUGUUAUCUGUUGUAUCAUUUUUUAUAAGAAAUAGAAAAUGUUGCUGCAUUUUGGCGAUGAAGAUUUUUUCAUUUUCAUUCAUUUCAUUAUGUCGAUUUGAUAAUUAUUUUGUAGUUACAUCGCCAUUAGUUGAAUAAAUCAUUGAUUUUUUUUUA